AUGAUUUCAUUCAGGCCGGUAUCUUUCUCAACAGCAAUCAUCUUUCCCCCGAACUACUUCAUUACGCCAUGCCUCAGCAUGCCCCACCAACCAUCGCUCUCUCUCUCCCGCCCUCCCGCCCGCCUCCCCACAUCUAUCCUCAUCUUCACACGCUUACCUCACUCAAACCCCUUUCUCACGCCCCUUCCGCACACCCCUUCCCUUCUUCGCUCCGCCCUGCGCCCUGCAGCGCCCUCCAAUCGUCCCCGCGCGCGCGCAUCAUCAUCCGCGGGCCUCCCUGCGGCACCCGCGCGCGCAGCAGCAGCGCCCUUGCCGCGCGCGCUCUACAUCGUCCAGCUCCGCUCCGCGCCCCCCGUUGCCGCCUAUCACGGCGGCAUUCCCGGAUUCCCCGCCACUGCUGUCCUCCAACCCACUGAAACUAACACCCAAUCAUCCCCCUCUGCCUCCGCCUCCUCCGCGGCGUCAGCCGGCCCUAUCCCUAUAUCAACCGCUUCGCACCGCGCUGCAUUCCGGCGGCGCGCGCGCAUCAAUUCGCGCCUGCCCGCAGUGCGCGCGUUCCAGCGCAUGCUGCGGCGCCAGCAGCGCCAAGUGGCCGCGGACGCGCGCGUGCGCUUAAAGAAAGUCAUCUACAGCUACACGCACGUGGCGAACGGGUUCGCGGCGAAGCUGACGGCGGGGGAGGCGCGGCGGAUGCGGCGACACCCCGCCGUGGGCAGCGUGACGCGCAGCGGGCGCUUCCGCCUGCUCACGACUGCGUCGCCCGCGUUCCUGCAGCUGCCGCCGUCGCUGUGGGCGGCGGCGGGCGGGCAGAGCAGCGCCGGCGAGGACGUGGUGGUGGGCGUCGUGGACACCGGCAUCUGGCCCGAACACAAGUCCUUCGCUGAUGAUGGCUCGUACUCCGCGCCGCCCGCCACGUGGGUGGGUUCAUGCGAGGUGACGGACGACUUUCCCGUGGAGGCGUGCAGCAACAAGGUGGUGGGCGCGCGGUGGUUCAUCGCGGGCAUGCAGACGCAGAGCAAGGGGCAGGUCGACAUGUUCGGUGACUACCUGUCGCCCAGGGACGCCCAGGGCCACGGCACUUGGUGUGCGGGGGCAGCAGCAGGAGCCGCGGGGGUGCCGCUAGGCGACACAGGGGAAACAGCAAGCGGCAUGGCGCCGCGCGCGCGCAUUGCCGCCUACAAGGUGUUUUGGCGCAGUAGGGGACAGGUGUGGGCGACGGAGGCGGACAUAGCAGCGGCGGUGAAUGCGGCUGUGGCGGACGGCGUGGACGUGCUGAGCCUGUCGCUGGGCAGCCUUGCGGCCUCCAGGACAUACUUCCACGAUGCUGUGUUCCUCAAUGCUCUUGCGGCGGGUGUGGUGACAGUGUUUGCAGCGGGCAACAGCGGGGCCCCUCGAGGCAAGGCCUCGUCGUACCGCAAGCUCUGCAACUUCGCCCCGUGGUACCUCACCGUUGGAGCUAGCUCCAUCAGCCGGGUGUCAGCCAUAGACGGCAGUGCCACAGCAUUCUCUGCAUCCGAUGCUACCGCUACCGCCACCGCCACCGCCAUGCACUACCCCACUGCUGAUGCUGCCACUGCUCACCCGCCCACACUUGCCACUCAAGCGUUUGCUGCUGCUGGUGCUGCUGUUGUGCACGCGGUUAUUGCAGCGCAUUCAAAUGCCACCUCGAGCGUCAACAGCGGCGGUGUGCCGUCCCGCACGCGCAUCACCCCGUUCGAACUCCCCGGAUCGCCAGCAGAGGCGCCAGUCAUCUCCCCCACCUCCUCCUGCGGCCCGCUCGUGCCCCCCACCGCCGCGCCCACAGCACCCAAGCCCACCAACGACAUCCUCAAGCCCGACAUCAUCGCGCCGGGCGUGCAGCUCUGGGCCGCAUUCCCCCCUCCGGAUCACUCCAUGGCCCCCUCCUUGGGCUACUUUGCGCUGCUCUCCGGGACCUCCAUGGCCACGCCGCAUGUGGCGGGCGUUGCAGCACUCAUCGUGCAACAGCGGCCUGACUGGUCCCCGGCGCAGGUUAUGUCCGCUAUUAUGACCACCGCGGCGGUUACCAGUAACCGCGGCCUGGCGAUAAGGAACGACUACGGGGGCGAUGCGAGCCCGUGGGAGAUGGGAGCAGGGCAUGUGCGUCCUGAGAAGAUUAUGGACCCUGGCCUGACGUUUAACGCGAAUGUGCUGUGGCACGGGCGCGAGCCCGUGCUCUCCGCGGACUUCCACCCGUCGGGCGUGCUCGCAACUGGCGGCGCGGAUAAGGAGAUUAAGUUGUGGAGAGUGGCAUGGGAUGCAGCAGGGGAGCCGACAGUGGAGUUCGUGGCUGCACUAGCGCACCACAACUACGCUGUCAACGCCCUGCGCUUCUCGCCCUCUGGGGACGUCCUCGCCUCAGGAGCAGAUGGAGGGGAGAUAGUGCUAUGGAGGCAGGUACAGACGCCCAAUGGGGCCAUCUGGAAGGUCUUUCGAGCUCUCAGUCGGCAUGAGAGGGACGUGCUGGACCUCUCGUGGUCGC